AUGCCACGAUACGACUUUGAAGACGGCCGCGAUGCCGAGCGAGAGCCCCUAGACCAGGCUUAUCGGUCUCAUACCCCCAAUCCCCCAGAGUACUACCAAGAUAAUCAGUACCACCACGGCGCGCCUCAUGAAUACCAUCAUGAUCACCAGUACUCCGAACCCAAUCAUGACCCGAACUUUGGCCGCAUGAGAGCUGAGCGGAGGAACGAUCGCCAAGGACCACCACCGGCUGCUGUCGGUGCCGUGGGCGGUGCCCCUACAGCAUACGGAGCUCAUCAAGCCGUAUCCCCCAUCGACAACUCUCCGCAGGUUCCGGUGCACCGCGACUGGGGCCCCGAUCGUUAUGCGGCUCCACAGCAGAGCAAUCUGAAUCCGAAUAUCACACCUGGCGCGGAUAACUUUAGCGACACGGCAUCAGGAGGUAUGGCUGGUAUCGCUUACACCGUCGCCGAACGUAACGCCAGGGAGAGCGGGGUUGGUGCCAUGAGAAGUGCUGGCCAGACCCCGCGAGGACAGUCUCAGCAGCCCAGUGCACCACCGCAAGCUUACAGUCAACCGGGAGGCGACGUAUACGAGAUGAGCAAUGCCGUCCCGCGUCCUUACCAGGGUAGCUACCAAGGCAGUCUUCCGGACCGAGACUCCCACUCCAGCCUGACGGCUCUCGGCGGAGCUGGUGCUUCUCCGGCCAGGCUAUCCCCAUCUUCGAGCCCAUACGGCUACAACGACUAUUACAACGAAAACCCCUACUACCAACGACACCCCCAACACCUUGGCGUGGUGGAUCCUAACUCUAUCGCGGACGAUGGUGAUGAUGGUCUCGACUACGGCAAGCCCAAAAGUGGACGAAACUCGAUGCUUAGUCUUUCCAACAGCGAUCGAACAGGCAAGACGAAAGCAGCUGGCGCAGCUGGCGCGGCUGCUGCGGGAGGUGCCGCAGCAGGAUUGAUGGCGAACCGAAAUCACAGCGGCUACUACGACCCCAAGGGAACGGCCGAGUAUCAAAACGGCAGCGCCAUUGACCUCAGCUCACCAGAGAAGAAAUCAGAGUGGAUGGCGCAGCAAAACAAGGGACGCAGAAAGUGGAAGUGUUGCAUUAUUCUCGGAGUGAUCCUCCUCAUCGCCGGUGCCAUUGCUGGUGGCAUUGCAGGUGGAUUAAUUUCUAGAAACAGUCGCGACGGCAACAGCUCAGGAAAUGGACAAUCAGCAGACGACGACAAGAACUCCAACGGUGACCUCAGCGCCGACAGUGCCGAAAUCAAAGCGCUUAUGAACAACAAGGAACUGCAUAAGGUGUUCCCCGGAAUGGACUACACGCCUCUCAACUCCCAGUACCCCGAUUGUUAUCACAAUCCUCCUUCACAGAACAACAUCACCCGUGAUCUUGCUGUUCUCAGUCAACUGACCAACACUGUCCGCUUGUACGGCACAGACUGCAACCAGACGCAGAUGCUUAUUCACUCAAUUGAACAACUCAAACUGGAGGGCACAGUGAAGAUCUGGUUGGGUGUAUGGCAGGAUGGCAACAAGACAACCAACGCGAGACAACUUUCCCAAAUGUGGGAUAUUCUGGACCAGUACGGAGACAAGCAUUUUGAGGGUCUCAUCGUCGCCAACGAAAUUCUGUUCCGGAAGCAAAUGACCGAGUCGGAACUGGGGACUCUACUCCAAGAGGUACGAACCAACUUGACCAGCAAGGGACUUAGCCUGCCUGUGGCAACUUCAGACCUGGGCGACGACUGGACGGCAUCUUUGGCGUCAAAGAGUGACUACAUCAUGGCCAACAUCCACCCGUUCUUCUCUGGAACCAACGCCAAGGACGCAGCCAUGUGGACUUACGCAUUUUGGGAGAAUCAAGCCGGUGGAUUCUUCAAGUCGGACAAGAAGAAGAACGUGAUUGCCGAGAUUGGUUGGCCAACCAAAGGUGGCACAAGCUGCGGCGAUGGCACUGCUACGGGCUGCCCCAAUGCCUCAGUUGCCGGUAUCGACGAGCUGAAUGAGCUGUUGGACAAGUGGGUAUGUCCCGCUUUGACUAAUGGUACCAACUACUUUUGGUUCUCGGCCUUUGACGAGCCAUGGAAGAUAAUGUACAACGAAAAAGACAAGAACUGGGAGGACCAAUGGGGUCUGAUGGACGUCAACCGCAAGGUCAAGUCUGGCGUCGUUAUACCGGACUGCGGCGGCAAGACGGUCUGA